AUGGAUUCUGAGGAAAUUGUGAAAUUGGGCUGGUUCUCAAUUGUGGAAGCCGUACAUCUCAAGCCUAGCUUACAACCACGUCUGUCGAUAAUCGUCAAACGUGAUUGUCGUCGCCAGUUUACGCCAAUCACUAUUGUUGGCAGCGCGGAAUCUAUCUUCAGCUGCCCUCGGCACCGUAGGCUUGUCUCCUUGGCUAGAGCGCUGCCAUAUCAAACUCAGCCGAGACUGGAGAAGCGAGAUGCCCGUACCCCAGUGGCAUCGCUCGUGGCGCCUCGGUCGCUGAGCGCCGUCUACACCCUGAUCGGGGUGGUGAGCUCGGUCGGCAUGUUGAUCGCGGGCCCUCUUCUCGCGGGCAUGUUCCACCUGGGAAUGGUGCCGGGCGACCUCUGCGUGAGUCUGCCAUUCUUGGUUGCAGCCGGGUUUAACGCACUGGCGCUUGCUGUGAUCUCUGCGGUUGGGGUUGGGGUUGUGGAAAGGGGAUGA